CUAACAAGGCACUUUAUAUAUUUCGUAAAAUAUAUUUCUAAAAUAUACAAUUUAAAAUUUUCGUGGGCAAAGCAGGACACGAUGUCCAAUCUAGAGGAUAUACCACUAGAAGAGCCGCAGGCCCUACCAGCGGCCCCGUCCGAGACUUCCCAGCCCUCGAAGUCCAACUCCCUAAAGCGCUUCUUCAAGGUCAGCAAGAAGCCGCUCAUGCGGGACCAGGCUGAUGACGAAAGCGAUGCCUCCGACGAGGACAACGCCAAGGAAGACAGCAAGCCGAAGACCUUGACUCGAUUCUUUUCACGCAAUAAGACAGCACAAAAAGAUGUGGCCGAGCCAUCAAACAGCAUGGAAAACCCCAUUACCCAGCGGGAGAAACCCAUUCCGAAUGUGAAGCCCACAAUCAAGGCAUCCAUUUCCAGCUACUGGAAGCUACUGUUCCAUCGCCAGAAAAAUCGCCAAGACGCGGGCUCAGGAGCUCAGCAAUCGGGUCUGGGUGCCACCGAAGAGGAGGAACUCCAUGAGCUACAGCCGGUGCAGUUGCAGGAUUCCCGUUCUCAAUCGAACACUGAUCUUAAGGAAGGUAACAUGGAGGAGACCUCUACCGAUCCCAAGCCAAAGACCCCCAAAGAGACGGCCGAGGAGCUUCAGGACUCAUUAGAGGCCGGAUUGACCUCCACCGCAGAUCCUGCAACCGAAACCGAGUUGCCGUCUCCCGCACUUGCCAAUUAG